AUGCGUUUCACUGUGGCGCUUGGGAUACUGACGGUGGUUCCCAAUGUCUUGGCAUCCAUCCACGGUUCUCCAAUCAGCCAUUCUCACGGGGAAGAGAGGCGAUCAACAGACACUCAGUAUGACUACAUCGUUGUCGGAUCAGGGCCAGGUGGUGGUCCUCUUGCUGCGAGACUAGCCAUUGCAGGAUUCAGUGUCCUUCUGCUAGAUGCGGGAGACGAUCAAGGCGAUGCUUUGACUCAACAGAUUCCUGCCCUGCAGCUGCAGUCCACUGAAUACGAGCCGAUGAAAUGGGACUACUUUGUGAAUCAUUACUCUGAAUUGACCCGACAAGAGGAGGACUCGAAGAUGACCUAUCGAACUCCCUCGGGUGACCUUCACGUUGGAAAAGAUGCACCAAGUGGAUCUGAGCCACUCGGUAUUCUCUAUCCUCGAGCCGGCACUCUAGGCGGCUGCUCUGCGCACAACGCCAUGAUCACGAUUUACCCCUACGAGAACGAUUGGGAACACCUUGCCAGUCUGACGGGAAACAGUUCCUGGUCUGCCAAACACAUGCGGAGCUAUUUCCAAAAGUUGGAACGCAACCGAUACUUGCCCACCAGCAUUUUUGGCCACGGGUUCGACGGGUGGCUGACGACCAGUCUCACUGACUUGCGUCUUGUCAUUGAAGAUCAGAAAUUGCUAUCGUUGAUCCUCGCCGGGGCCACCGCGGCGGGCCGAGGCUUGCUUGGGAAACUCAUCACCACCGUCACGGGCCUGGCCGGAGUGUUGACGCGUGACUUGAACAACAAUCUGCCGACUCGCGACUACGACGAAGGACCAUACCAGGUACCGCUCGCUGUGGAUGUGCCCGAGUACAAGCGUACCGGGCCACGAGACUUUGUUCUCAAGACCGCCAACGCGGUGAAUAGAGAUGGUUCUCGGAAAUAUCACCUGGAUAUUCAGUUGACCACGUUGGUGACCAAGGUCCGCUUCGACACAACGGGGAGUCAGCCUCGUGCCGUAGGAGUGGACUAUCUCCGUGGCAAGAGUCUAUACAGGGCCGAUCCUCGCGCCUCGCAGACGUCGUCGGCCGGCACACCGGGCAGUGUGAAGGCUACUCGUGAGGUCAUUCUGUCCGCCGGAUCUUUCAACACACCGCAGCUUCUGAAACUCAGCGGAAUCGGCCCCAAAGAAGAACUUGCCAAAUUCAAGAUCCCAACAUUAGUGGAUCUGCCCGGAGUGGGAUCCAAUCUUCAAGAUCGCUAUGAGACCGGCCUCGUUGGAAAGUCCCCCACAGAUUUUGUGCUCACCUCCAAAUGUACCUUCAUGUAUUCUCUUCCGGAUCCAUGCUUGGAGCAAUGGCAAAACAACCCCCUGUUCAAAGGAACAUACACCACCAAUGGAAUCGCCAUUGCGAUCAUCCGCAAGUCUUCGGUCGCCGAGGAUGAGCCCGAUCUCUUGAUUUCAGGCGCCCCCGCCAAUUUCCCAGGGUACUACCCCAACUACUCCUACGAGGGACUCAAAGACGCCCAGCAUUGGACAUGGAUCACCUUGAAGGCCAGAAGCCGCAAUAAUGCCGGAACGGUGACUCUGCGCUCGGCCGACCCGCGUGACAUGCCGAUUAUCAAUUUCAACUCGUUCGAUGCCGGUGUGACGGAAAACGGCGCGGACGAGAAAGACGUGCAGGCCGUGUACGAAGCGAUGGAGUUUUCUCGCAAGAUCUUCAAGAAUCUCAUUCCGCUAGAUGGGAAGUUUGAAGAAGUCUGGCCAGGUCACAAUGUCACGACGGAAGCUGAGAUGAAGGACUUUAUCAAAAGAGAGGCAUGGGGGCACCAUGCGUGCUGUACCGCGCCCAUUGGUGCGGAUGGCGAUUCGAAUGCUGUAUUGGACUCGGAUUUCCGAGUUCGUGGGGUCGAUGGUCUUCGUGUGGUCGAUGCGUCGAUAUUCCCGAAGAUUCCGGGGUACUAUAUUGCCCUUCCCAUCUACAUGAUCAGUGAGAAGGCAGCCGAUGUGAUCAUCGCUGAUGCAAGGUAG